GAGGGAUGGUGCACGACGCAGCCCCGGGAGCUUCGGGAACGAGGGGCUUGGCCGGCCGUGUCGCAUGGAUGGUGGGCCAUUCAUUUGUCUUCUGGGCCGAAAGGAGGGCUGCAGCUCGAGCUCAGGGCCACCAGCUGGGCUUUCAUAGGGACCAGUUGGCAGUGCAAUGGUUUGGGUACAGGGAUUUUUGUUGGGGGGAGGUCUGCGGGAUGGUGUUCCGGAUGGUGGCAGGCGGGCAAAGGCCGGACCUGCUGGUACUCCAUGCGGGGGGCAACGACUUAGGCCUCACACCGCAGCGGCGGCUGGUGAAGUGGAUGAAGCAGGACCUUAACAGUUUAAGGGACCUGCUUCCUGGGGUGAUGUUGGUCUGGUCGGAAAUUGUCCCGAGGAGGCGAUGGCGGCACGCUAGGGACCCGGAGGCUAUUGACAGGUGUAGGAAGAAAGUGAAUAGCUUGAUGGCAAGCUUCGUGCGGAAGCUAGGGGGUGUGGUGGUACGGCACAGCGAGUUGGAAGGUGGGUUGCCGGGGUACUACCGCUCGGAUGGAGUCCAUCUCUCGGCAGUUGGUUGGGAUCUGUUGACCCUGGGCUGGCAGGAUGGCAUAACCAAGGCACUUUGUCUUCGGGGUGGCGGAGCUCAGACAGUUUAAGGAGUCAAGGUCUGAGCUUGUGGCGGGAUAGGGAGCUGAAGGAGAAGAAAUAGGCUCCCUAGGAUGAACGUCAUGGAGACGUAAAACUGUGGUCAUUGGUGGUUGGUAGGUUCCAAGUCCUGUCGGUGGCUCAGAAUCUGGUGGGGCAGGGGUAUCCGGGUAUACCCCUGCCAUGGUUAAUUUAUGUUUGGCACUUUAAGUUGGUAUGUUGGAAUAUGUUGGUAUGUAUGUUAUAUAUAUAUAUAUAUGUGUUAUUUAUAUGGGGGUCAUUGCCUUUUAUAUCAACAGAAGGAUUCGGAUGUG